AUGAUGGAGACAAAAGACCAGUGGAACCAACUGAGGGACAAGUGGAAGAAAGGUAAAAGAAAGCUCCGUGGGAAUGAAGAUGUGAAAUCAAAGAAGAGGAAGAUGAAAAAUGUGUUUUCACAUGAGACAGAAGAACUUCUCUCAACCUGUGAAGAUGCAUUCCAGGAUGGAAAAGAUGCCAUAUCUGAGGUUUAUGACAAACUCAAAGGGGUUUCCUGCAGAGAAAACUCAUUUCUGGAAAACUUAAAAAAGAAGAUCUCAAGUCUAAAACAUUAUAACCACAAAGAGAAAAUUUACAUUGGAUUCUUUGGGAAGACGGGAGCAGGAAAGAGCUCAUUGAUCAACGCAAUUGUCGAAGAAAAACUUCUACCAUCAGGAAGCUUGCAUGCCUGCACUUCUGUUUUUGUGCAUGUACAAGCUAAUACUGAACCCAGCGAAUACAAAGCUGAAAUUAAAUUCAUCAGUGCAGAGGCUGAUAAACUGUCUAAAAGCAUUGGAUGCUACAUUCGGAGUGACAAAAAACAUGUCAAAAAAUCAGUCGAAGAAUCAGACAAAAAAUCAGACAAUGCAUCAGAUGAAGGGAAGCAGUUCUGGCCUCUGGUGAAGCGAGUCACCAUCUCCCUGCCGAAGUCUCCAGCUCUGCUGGAGGGGAUUGUGCUGGUGGACCUGCCUGGAGCUGGAGACGUCAGUAAAUACAGAAGCGACAUGUGGAAAGAGUGUCUCAGCCAGUGCUCCUCUGUCUGGAUUGUCAAUGAGAUGAACCGUGCCCUGUCUGAGAAAGUAGCCGAUGAGAUCUUUGAUACAUCAUUGAGAACCAUUGCUGGAGGAGGAGAGUGUCACAAUGUCACCUUCAUCACCACCAAAACAGAUGUCAUCAACCCAGAGGAGAUCAAAGAAAAUUAUGAUAUCACAGAUAAGGACCUUGAAAUAGAAAGUUACAAGAAAUUUCUGCUUGGUGAUGAAGACUAUUCAAAUGAGUUCUUUGAUGUGUACACUGUGAGUUCUGAAGAAUUCAAGAAAAUUGCACAAGAGAAGUCAACUGUUCUGGAUCGCAAUGAAACUGAAUUGCCAGCGCUGAUGGAGCACAUUAAGAAACUGUACGUCUCCCAUUUCAAGAAGGAAGUGAAAGAUUAUGUAUCUGAGGUUUCUGGAAUCAUUUCAUAUCUUCACUUUUCAAAGGAUGCUCUCAGUUCAAAGAAACAGUCUUCAAAUGACAAGGAGUUUGACCGACUUGAAAAGGUUCUGGGUAAAAUAUGCGAAACAUUGAAUGAAAAUCUGAGCCAAGUUCACCAAAAACUCAAGAAAGAACUGGAGAUGGGAGCAAAGACAGCAGAGACAACAUGCCUGAAAAAUGCCACAGACAGAGUGCUGGAAUCAAGAGGGUCUGAUAACAGAGGCCACCACAAGACACUCAAAGCCUUGUGUAAAAAUGAUGGAUAUUACCGAUCUCGCAAAGGAGUGUUAGUUGAUCUGAACUACGCUCUGUCAGAACCCAUGUACAAAACGCUGAAUGAAGGCAACCACUUCCAGAAAAUAUUUGGCACUGGAUCUUCAGGAACCUCUUUCAGAAAGACCAGAAUGACCUCAAUCCAAGCGCAAUUUGAAAGUUUCCAAGAGAACUUCAUCACAAAUGACUAUCUGAAAGUCAGGAUGAACAAUAAAGAGAAAUACCUGCGUCUGGUGUACAUUAGAACAGAGCAAAGAAAAGUGCUCAAGAAACUGGAGAAGGAAAUCCUACAGAGAAAGAAGCUGAUCUACAAUUCCCUCAGUGAUUCAAUCCGUGACACCAUGAAGCAAACAUAUCAAGAAUGCUCUGGCAUCACAGGAAAAGACUCUUUCAGAAAGAUUCAAGGGAAACUUAAAAGUGCAAUUGAGGAUUUAAAAAAAUCCAAAAUGUUCCAAGAUGCCAUGACGAAGAUGCUGGAAGAGUUCAGUGAUCUGCAGACCGGCAUCUCCCGCCCAGAACCGCUCUCUCCCAAAUCUACAGACCCGUGUCUCCCGCCGAGAGCCACUCUCUCCCAAAUCUACAGACCCGCGUCUCCCGCCCAGAGCCGCUCUCUCCCAAAUCUACAGACCGGCGUCUCCGCCCCCCCCUGCCCAGAGCCGCUCUCUCCCAAAUCUACAGACCGGCGUCUCCGCCCCCCCCUGCCCAGAGCCGCUCUCUCCCAAAUCUACAGACCGGCGUCUCCCGCCCAGAGCCGCUCUCUCCCAAAUCUACAGACCGGCGUCUCCGGCCCCCCCGCCCAGAGCCGCUCUCUCCCAAAUCUACAGACCGGCGUCUCCGGCCCCCCCGCCCAGAGCCGCUCUCUCCCAAAUCUACAGACCGGCGUCUCCGGCCCCCCCGCCCAGAGCCGCUCUCUCCCAAAUCUACAGACCGGCGUCUCCGGCCCCCCCGCCCAGAGCCGCUCUCUCCCAAAUCUACAGACCGGCGUCUCCGGCCCCCCCGCCCAGAGCCGGCCCCAGGGCACAGGUGGCCUGAAGCCAGAAAGGUGUUGCGGGGCCCCAACAUGA